AUGCCGGUAACGCCACGAGGAGCGGAAUCGUACGAGCAGGAGCACGUGCACAGCGUCUACGAGACCAUCGCUCCGCACUUCUCAGCGACGCGGUACAAGCCCUGGCCGGUCAUCGCGUCCUUUCUGGAAUCGCUGGCCCCCGGGUCCGUGGGCGUGGACGUUGGGUGUGGCAACGGCAAGUAUCUGGCCGUCAACCCCAAAGUCCACAUCAUCGGCUCGGACAGGAGCGCCAACCUCGUGCGCAUCGCCAGAGACCACGGCGGCGACCGCAAAUGCGACGUCGCUGUGGCUGAUGGCUUGUCGCUCCCGUUCCCCGAGGGAAAAGCAGAUUUCGCCAUCUGUGUUGCGGUCCUGCAUCACAUGUCUACAAGGCAAAGGAGGCAGGAUGGCGUGAAGGCACUCCUGGACUGCGUCCGCCCCGGCUCCGGGAAGAUCCUGGUCUACGUAUGGGCCCUGGAACAGGCGAAUAGCAGGCGAGGGUGGGAUGAGGGCGCGGCCCAGGAUCAAAUGGUCCCGUGGGUAUUCAAGAGCAAAACGAAGCCUGCCGAAGGAGGCGAUGGUGAUACCACGUAUCUGCGGUAUUAUCACCUAUACCGUAAGGGAGAGCUGGAAGAGGACGUGGUCGCUGCGGGCGGUAAGGUCAUUGAUAGCGGCUACGACAAGGACAACUGGUGGGCUAUAUCAAGCCGAGUAUAGCAAUAAAAGGUCUCAUUCUAUGGCAUUUG